CGAAGAACAAAAUACCUGAGUUGCAACUACGCGCAAAAUAUGCGCCUUAUCCAGAACUACAGAUCAGAGCCUGUUGUAGCUGAAUAAAGAAUCGGCAAUCGGGUCUGAAGCCACGCGCAUCAACAAACCCUCUAUCCAACCUUCCUUCGCAACACAAUUAACAUGUCUUUCACAUUCGGUCAAUCUACCGGCACUGGUGGCACUGGCAAUGGAAGCAGUAAUCCCUUCGGAACAUCAUCAAAUCCUGCCCAAACCAGCUCGAGCGGCCUAUUUGGAUCAUCAGCAACUCCAGCCUCUUCUUCACCUUUCGGCUCAGGCUUCACGGCAACAUCCAAGCCUGCAGGCCCAAGUAUCUUUGGUAAUGGAGGUGGAGGUAGCACACCAGCACCGAGCCCUUUUGGAGCGAAUAUGUCGGCAGCGGGAGGAGGAGGAAAUGCCUUUGGAACAGCAAACACUUCUGGAGCACCUUCACCUUCGAUCUUUGGAGGCAAUGCGGCAACCACUUCAUCUACUGGCGGAGGUUUGUUUGGCAGCAAGCCGGUAGGUACCCCAGGAACUUCUGCGCCACCGGCCUCUGUCUUCAGCAGCGCUGGCGGACCUGCCCCAUCAUUUGGAAGCGGUGGUGGCUUUAGCUUUGGCCAAAAGAACGAUGGGAACUCGACCUCAACGCCAACAGGAGGGAAUGAGAGCAAGACACCCGCAGCUGCUCCUGCGGCUGGUACUGGGGGGAUGUUUGCUAACUUAGGGAAUAAUUCGUCAGGUGGAUCUGGGCUUUUCAGUACGGGCAGUGCAUCAACAGGGGUCACAACUCCAGCAAAGCCUUCGUUCUCUUUCGGACCUACUGCUUCUACAACACCCGCUGGUAAUCCACCUUCAAAUGUUGCUCAAGGAUCGAAGCCAGUAUUUGGAGGCCUUGGAGGCCAAGGUUUAAGUGGAGGACUGUUUGGUCAACCUAAGCCUGCUGAUUCGUCGAAACCUGCCACUGCCGGCUCUAUGUUCUCCACAGCUGGACCAAAGCCUGGUGGCAUCUUCGGUCAGAAUCCUCAAACUGCUAGCUCAUCUGGAGCACCAGCCAGCAGUACACCUGCCACUCAAACCCCGAGCUUUAGCUUUACAAAACCAGCUUCGACCGCACCAAGUAGUCAACCUGCAACCACUGCCGCAGCUCCAUCAGGUCAAAUUGGUGGGCUCUUUGGGCCAAAGCCAGCUGGAUCGUCUACGCCUACUACUCCUAAUAUGUUUGGUGGCGCAAGUAUGACUCCGAGUACACAGGCCCCAAAGCCAGGUGGGCUAUUUGGAAAUACACCUACUACCUCGGCAUCCACAGCAGCUCCAUCAGGUGCCAUGUUGUCCUCGACACCUGCUUCAAGUGCUGCCCCAAGCUCCUCAGCACCGGCAUCGACUCCAGCAGCGACCCCUAGUCUGUUUCCCAGUUUGAGUGGUAACAACCCAACAUCCACUUCAAGCCCAACCCCAAGUUUGUUUUCAGGCUUGGGCAGUGGAAGCAACAACACAUCGACUCCUGCACCUGCAGGUACCACACCAGCUCCUGCCUCGCUCUUCGGUACCCAGCCUGCAAGCAACACUGCUACUCAGCCAGCUCCCAUUUCUGGAACGACUUCUACUACUGUACCAGCAGCUGGAGCUUCUGGAACCACUGGCAAUACUCAAUCAGGUACUGGUCCUUCGCUUGGUGCGUCCACUGCUGGCCCAACUCCUCAAUUAACCCGUCUCAAGAACAAGACAAUGGACGAGAUCAUCACUCGCUGGGCUUCUGAUCUAUCAAAAUAUCAAAAGGAAUUCCAAGACCAGGCUACCAAAGUUGCGGCUUGGGACAGGCUAAUGGUCGAGAAUGGAGACAAGAUCCAAAAAUUGUAUCUGAGCACUUUUGAGGCAGAACGACAAAGCACCGAGAUUGAGAGACAGCUUUCCAAUGUUGAGAGCCAACAAGACGAACUGGCUUCCUGGCUUGACAGAUAUGAGGCUGAUGUUGAUGAGAUGUUCUCACGUCAAGUCGGUCAGGGCGAGACUCUUCAAGGUCCAGACCAAGAGAGAGAACGUACCUACAAGCUUGCGGAGAAGUUGACUGAGCGACUUGAUGAGAUGGGCAAGAACCUUGGCAGUAUGAUUGAGGCGAUCAACGAGGCAUCCACCACUUUGAGCAAGACAUCGAAGGCAGAUGAUCCACUUUCACACAUCGUCAGAGUUUUGAACAGCCACCUUACGCAAUUACAAUGGAUUGAUGAAAACGCCAUGGCUCUGCAAACCAAGGUUGUCGAAGCUCAGAAGAUGGGCCAGAGCAUUGGCUCAAACGGCUAUGGAGGUCCCGAGAGUGAUGCUGCGGAGUCCUUUUAUCGUUCUUUCAGAUCCGGGAGAUAAUGUCUGCAUAAUUGGUUGGCGUUAAGAACUUUAUAUGGUAUCUUGAGACUCAAGAUUGGGAAGUGGGUAGCAUAUGUCCGUCAUGAAACUUUACUGAGAUCCUAGAGAGGAGGGUUUUUUAUAUUCACAGCAUACAAAAGUGUAUGCAUUGUACAAGUAGUCCAAAAAUGGAGACAUGCAGAAUCAGAAGC